AUGUCUAAAAUACCAAGCCAGCAGGUGGUCUUUGUCGGAAUCGAGGCAAAUGCGAAGAUGGGUCUCGAACAGCAAUCCGAUGUGCUUCCACGUUUAAGAGGAAUCAUCGACGUAAUGGCAGGGCUCGACUACGUUCUGGCGAGGAACAUUCCUCAGUCAGAUAUCCGAAAAUCUAGAGUCGUUUGGGACGUCGCGUUCGACUCUGACCACCAUCCAGUUCUUCUCAGCUUCAAGAUACGGUCCCACAAGAGAAACCGAGGAGUUCCUCUUCAACCGAAAAUCGACAUGGCAGGACGCUCAAGGGAAACGAUCCCGGCUCUAUUGCCGCGGAAGAAGUUUGCCUUUGCAUCUGCGGAAACAAAAUCCACGUACAAUUCUGUAUGUGUCUUGCGCAGCACUAGUGACUUCAACCAGGAAAAGCGUCUUAGAAGGAAGCUGCGUCGUCAACUGCAACAAGACCGCGAUAACGAGUGGACGUCAAGAGCGAUGGAGUUUGAAAAGGUGCGGGAGGACAGGAACCUGUGGAAAGCCUAUGCUCUACUAAAACAGUGUAGAGGCAAAAUUAAAAAAUGUUCUCCUGUCCUCAACACUGCCAAUGGAGUAGUUGUCGGUGAAGCAACAUUUCCAAUUUGGGGAACACUUCAAGACUUUGCUGAACCCCCUAGCACCGACACUUCUGAACUCGAGCAUUUUCAUAGACCGAAAUAUGCGGUUAACCAGGAGCCAACGACCGGGUCGGAGGACUCUAAGAAAUAUCGAGGAAUCUCUUUGCUGCGUGUUAUGCACAAGGUAUUGGAGAGCAUUAACCUGGACCGACUCAUUAAAAACCGCGAAGAAACAACGCGCGACGACAAGCUGGCUUUCGUUAUGGCCGAUCUACGAUUGACCAGGUGUUCAUCGUCAGGAGAGUGGGCCGCGUUCGACUCUCCUCACCGAGGCCGUCUUCUCAACGCGCUCCUCGCCGAUGGAGUACCAGGAAAGUUCGUUCGCUUGCUUGGUGACAUGAAUCAACGAACAGCUGUUGCAGUUUGA